GCGCACAUCCAUUACUGUUACACAUUCAUCACAGCUUAGCCUGCCAGCGUCACCGGACCAAAAUCAGCACGAGGAUCAUCCCUGCGCGACGUGUAUGCCUUCAGCAUCCUGGCAACAAAACUCUCGUGAUUCCGGGAACAGUGUUAUCGCAGCGUGGAUUAUCCAGGACGACCAUUUCGCUAAACCAGUCGCGAACGAGCAGCGCCAUCAGCAAGGCGUAUCACUGUCGCAGGCGUUUGCCCCCGCGCGCGAGUUGACAGACGCCAGUACGCAGACAGCCGACAUCGCGCUUGACGCUCCCGCCAGCCUUCCGCCUCCUCAACCAGCGCCACGGCAAGCACCGUAUCCAGGGGCAACCCCGCGGCCGAGGCUAGUCGCCCCGACUCCGUCAGGCCCGUCGCGCGUGCCAGCCGCGCCUCGUGCGCGCUCUGCCACCCAGCCCCGGCGCACCCGCGACCAGGUCACCCGCGACAGCUACCAGCUGCUGUGGCGAGAGUACCUAACCCUCACAUCUGCAGAGGCAGAGGAGCAGCAGCGGCGGCAGCAGCAGCGCCGCGCCAACUCGUUCAGCCUCAGCCGCAUUGCCAGCAUCUUCGGCGGCAACGCAUCCACAGAGCCCGAAGCAGCCCCGGCUGCAGCCCCGGCACCCACCAUGUCGAGCACUACAGCCCCUGCCGCGACCAUCUUGCAAGGCCCUUUGGACUACACCAAGCCCAAGGGCCUAGGCAAGGUGCUCCUGAUGAUCCUGUGCCCGCCCAGCGACAUGCUGGACAUGCAGCGCCUCACCAAGCAGGUCGCCAAGCUCUUCACGCUGCUGUGCAAGCUGCUCGUCAUGCUGUCCUUCCUCGUCAUCCCCGCCUGGCUGUGGCUGGUGCGGCACGAGUGGGCUAUCGGCCACACUGGCGACGCUGUGGUGGUGGGAGUGGCGGGCGUCCUACUGUUCCUGGCCGCUGACGCAACCAACAAGGCCGCCGCCAGCAGCGCCGCCGCAACCAAGGCAGGCGUCUUCACCGCUUCGGAACGCUCCGCCUACCAGAGCUCCCCGGGCUACGUCUCGGCGGUGGCCGCGGCGGCGCCGCCCGCCGCCGCCGCUGCAACGCACCGCCCUGCCGCCGCCGCGGCGGUUACGGCGCACCGCAGCGUGCCGGCGUACCAGGCUGUGUCCAGCGACCCGGCUGUCCGCCAGGUGAAGCAGCGCAUUAUGAAGCUGGAGCGGCUGCUGUUCGGCAAUGAGCUGACGGAGGCCGACAUCGGGCCCGACAUGCUGCAGGGCCGCGUGCAGGCGCUGUGCCUGGAGGUGGGCGUGCCGUUUGGCGGCCACGGCCGGAGCAGCUCUCAAAUGAGCGCUGGUGAACUGGAUGCUCAGCUGCAGGCGGUGGAGAAGGCGCUGGGCAUCUAAGAAGAGACAACGGCGGGAUGAGGAGGAGGGCAUGAGCAUCAUAACCAAUAGAGCUUGUUGAAUAUAUACAGCUCGGCGCAAGCAGUUCCAAGACGCGAGUAUGGGAGAAUCAGCUGGCUGGGUAGACGGGGACUGCGGGCAUCAUCGAACGUAAGGCGGGGAAAAACGUGAGCCGAGUGCAUGGGCCGUGUGGUGGUGGGGGCGAAGCAGGCAAUCGAAUUCGGUGCAUUACUCUGGGUGAAGCUGGCUGUGAUAGCUGCUGUUGGUGGAUAGCAUAUUGGCAUGGCUUGUGUCGAAAAGUUUAAUGGUGAUACUUCAGCAGCUUCACGUGGACCUCUGGAGGGGAAAGGCUUGGCGCCAUGUGUACUUUGGAGCCUUUGCACACUGUUGCACAUGAGAGAGACGUGCGAAGAACCGAACGCAGGCAGUAACCAGUAGUGAACUGACAUCUGGACAAUCCUAAGCAUGAGAGAGGUGCGGCACGCUGCUAUGUCUCGCAGACAGCGUGUCCGGGAGACCACGACAGCCGGACCGGCCAGCACAUCCCCAUCAUCGCGAUUCCAUCAUUCCAACUCUUGGCAAUGACGGCCACGGGCGCAGGCGCUCGCAUGCUCGGUUGGAGACUUGGAGUAGUGGCUGUGAAACAAUGAGCGUGGCUGUUGCUGGACGUUGAAUUCCCUAGUACAAGCAUGAGCGUGAGGGUGGUGAGAAGCAUAGUCCCGAGUGUGAUGGCUCGAAUCCCGGCCCACAAAUCCCACUCAGGCGUGUCAGGCGGGUGGCGGUUGCUACGUUCCAUGCUCCGAACUCAUGUUGCCGUGUUCCGGACGCCUGGCCAGGCCAGAGGCUGGCUGGCUGCGGGCUAUCAAUGAAUUGUUACUUGGUACCGCAC